ACUUUUCCAGACUUGACAAGCUCUUGAUCAUGUCAUCAUCACGUAAUGUUCACCACUCCCACCUUAAGCCUUCCCAAGGCGGGAAGGCCAUACUGGACCUGGAUGACUUACAGGCCAUGACUGACCAUAAGGCUAAGACCGUCCUCAAGGAGGCAGUGGACGCAGUGGUCAACAGCUUCGCUAAGCACACACAUGGCUAUGGCAGAGUGAAUGUAGUAGAAGCCCUGCAGGAGUUCUGGCAGAUGAAACAGGCCAGAGGAGCAGAUCUGAAGAAUGGGGCACUAGUGGUGUAUGAAUCUCAACCCUCUGCAUCACAGCCAUACAUAUGUUUUGUUACAUUACCUGGUGGGAGCUGUUUUGGGAGUUUUCAGAACUGCCCUACUAAAGCUGAGGCUAGAAGGAGUGCAGCAAAGAUUGCUUUGAUGAAUUCAGUAUUCAAUGAACAUCCCUCUAGGAGAAUUACAGAUGACUUUGUUGAAAAGGCCAUUGGGGAAGCCAUGGCAUCCUUUAAAGGCAAGAUGGAUGAAGCAGACAACCCUGCUACAGGAAUAGGUGCCUUUAGAUUCAUGCUAGAAUCCAAUAGAGGGCGUACCAUGCUGGAGUUUCAAGAACUGAUGACUGUAUUCCAACUGCUGCACUGGAAUGGCAGC